UUCCCAGCCUGCUCUUUUUCUUCAUGGAGUUUGUAUGUUCUGCCUGUGCAUGCAUGUGUUCACUCCUGGUACUCCAGCUUCCUCCCACAGUUUAAAGUAAUGGUUAUUAGGUUGAUUGUUGUCUAAAUUGUAUGUGGACAAGUUAAUUUUGAUGUAGCAUUUUCUCUUAAUAGAUACAUUUCUUACUCUUCUUAACUUUGUCUAAAAAUACAUUUAUUUGGUAAUUUGGCACAUGUAGCUGUGAAAUUGUUUCAGUUGAGUUGAGGUUCCUAAAAAGUCUCAAAUAGUGAACAGCAGCUUUACAAUCCACCUUUUUAAUCUUCAAGAUCUAAAAAAAAGUAUGUACUGUUCAUGACUUAAUUUCGUCAUUUUGUGCAUACGAGUUAAUUUUUGUGUUUUUAAUUGGUGUAUAGAGAAGGGAUUUUAUAUGGUUUUUUUAUUAGCAACGUUUCUUAGCUGUAGUUCAUUGGAAAGUGUAAACAUUUUUGUUAAAAUAACUUUAAAACUCACUUUAGAGCGCUUAUGAAUGAAGGGUCCCUUUUAGCCUCUUUUAUUUACAAAAAAACAUAUCAUGGGAGUCGUAACAUCCAGCAUGCCCCUCAUUGGUUAGAAUCCAAUGACGCAUGACAAGUCUAAUUCUCUGAUUGGCUACUGCUUUUGCAAGUAGUGUGAUAUUAUUUGACGAGGCAGACGGCUCAGUUCAAUUUUAGAAGUUAACUGGACUCAGAGAAGACAAGUUUUUUUUUGCAAUGUUGACCAUUUUCUUGAUUGUUUUGGUAAUUCUGGUAAUAUUUACACUGAAAUAUGUUUUCAGCAGCCCAGAGUCGAACCCGUUUGCAAAGGACUGCCGAGAACCGCUGAAAAAGAAAGUUUACGACGAAAAAACGAAAAAUAAAGUCCUAAAGCAAGGUUUUGUGGCCAGUAAAGUACCAGAAAACCUUGAUGCAGUCAUCAUUGGUAGUGGCAUCGGUGGACUUGGCCUGGGUGUCCUUCUGGCUAAAGUUGGAAAGAAGGUUCUUGUUCUGGAGCAGCAUGAUCGGGCCGGGGGAUGCUGCCACACGUUCACAGAGAAGGGCUUUGAGUUUGAUGUUGGAAUCCAUUACAUUGGUGAUCUGUUGGGCGACUCGCCUUUUCGCUGCAUGCUGGACCAGAUGACCGAUGGUCAGCUGCAGUGGGAGCCUCUGGAGAAGGCGUUUGAUCACGUCGUGCUGGGAUCGCUGGAAAACCGCCGCUCCUAUCCCAUCUUCAGCGGCAGCGCUCGCUACCUGGAGGAGCUGAAGAAGCGAUUCCCUGGAGAGGAGAAGGCCAUCGAUGAGUAUAUGAGGCUGGUGAAGAAAACCGAGUUUGGCGCCUGGCUCCUUGUUGUGUUGAAGCUCUGCCCCUUACCUUUGGCCAAGUUCCUGAUCCACACAGGCCUCGUCAAACAUCUGUCUUUCUUCUUUAAAAUGGCGCCACGCAGCCUGAGAGACGUGGUCAACGAGCUGACGGAGAACAAAGACCUCAGAGCUGUCUUCACCUACAUCUUUGGCACCUAUGGUAAUAAGCCAAAAGAUGCCAGCUUUUCCAUGCACAGUUUGCUGACCACCCACUUCCUAAAUGGCGCCUGGUAUCCUAAAGCUGGCAGCAGUGAGAUUGCCUACCACAUGAUUCCCAUCAUCGAGAAGGCAGGGGGCGCUGUUCUGGUGCGAGCCCCAGUCAACCGCAUCUUAUUUAAUGAUGCAAAGGAAGCUUGUGGUGUGAGUGUGUUGAAAGGUCAGGAGGAGGUGCAUAUAAAAGCCCCUAUGGUCAUUUCUGAUGCCGGUAUCUUCAAUACAUACGAGAAUCUGCUGCCCAAGGAGCUCCAGGCCAUGCCAGAGAUCCAGAAGCAGCUCAGUUUGGUGAAACACGGUGAAGGAGGUCUGAGCAUCUUUAUUGGUUUAGAUGGAACCAAGGAGGAGCUGGGCCUGAAAGCAAACAACUACUGGGUCUUCGCUGAGAACAAUUUCGAUGAACUGAUGGAGGGAUAUUUAAAUGAGGGAAGAGAACAGGCUUCUAAGAAAAUACCUCUGCUGUUUAUUGCUUCACCGUCUGCCAAGGAUCCAUCAUGGGAGGAGAGAUCACCAGGAAAAUCUACUUUAAGUCUGGUCAGUUUUGUCAAGUAUUCAUGGUUUGAGGAGUGGAAGGACGAUAAAGUGACAAACAGAGGGUCCGACUACAAAGAGCUGAAACAAGCGUUCAUUGACUCCGCUCUGGAUGUGGUGAUGGACAUUUUUCCAAAAAUCACCAAGGACAAGAUUGCAUACAUUGACGCUGGAACCCCCAUCACAAACACACACUACAUUGCCGCUCCAAAAGGUGAGUUCUACGGAUUGGACCACGGCAUCGCUCGGUUCAACCCUGAAUUCAACGCUACAAUAAGACCUCAGACUCCCCUGAAGAACCUCUACCUGACAGGCCAGGAUGUGUUUUUGUGCGGUUUCGCUGGCGCCCUUGCCGGUGCGCUAACCUGCGGCUCGGUCAUUCUCAACCGCAACCUCCAUCUGGAUUCCUUCCUGUUGGCAAUGAAAACCAAAUAUUUAGACAAAAAGUUAAAAGACGAGUAGCUGCUUCUGUUUACUGAAAUUAAAUGGCAUUUGGCAACACCACAGCUUAAUAGCACUAAGAAGAGAUGAACUAAAACUCUUAUUAAAAAGUCAUAAUGCUGUCUCUUUGCAUUAGCAUGCUCAUUUUGCACUAAUUCAUGAUAUACUGGCUUUAAUAGUCAGUAAUAUAACAGUGGCCUGUUGGAUGAGGCAGGGUGUUUUCAGCACUAAAAAUAAUGUUUUUGUCUUAAAUUUGUGUAUUGUAUGUUUUGAAUAGUGCUAUUUUUUUAAUCAAUUUCAUUUGCUUGUUUUGUGUAGUAGGCUGCAAAUAAUAAACAUGUUAUAACACGUG